AUGUUUGGGAGCUCAGACGCGGAUGAUGCGUCGUCGUCGGGGACUUCCUCAUCUGAAAGCGAGAAAGAGGAGGCAAAGGCGCCUGUCAGUCGGAAGAGACGACGUGCAAGGGAUAGUAGCGAUGAGGAGGACAUGGGGAAAGUGACAGUGGUUCAAACGAAGCGAACAAGAAGACAAUCUCCAGUUGCGAAGGAGUCAGUAGAAGAGGCCAAGAAACAGCGUAAAAGUACUAGGAAACAGUCUACGCCAGUUGAGGAUGAGGAACGAACCACACCACGAAGCAAGCGGCGCAGACUUGUGAAGAGGCCAUCUACGCCUGUCGAGGAGAUAAAAGAGCAAACACCACCUCGUAGCAAACACCGCAGGAUUGCAGCUAGGCGACCCUCCACACUAGAAGAGGGCGACGAUGAGGAUUCGGAAGAGAACCAACAAGAGCAAGGCGAUGAGAGCGGAGUAGAUAGUGAAGAAGGCAAUGAAGAAAAAGACGAAUUGAAAGAGGAUCUUGCAUUUCUUCGGUCGUCUCCGCCGCCAGACAGAGGUAGACUGAGAAGUACGCACGACAAGCCCAAGAACGAGCGACAGAAGGCGUUGGAAGCUCUCAAGAAGCGGCGCGCAGGCACACAGGAGCCGUCCUCUGACCGUGCAACUCCAGGACGCAGCCGGCGGAUAGUUGUCGAAUCGUCGUCAGAAUCCGAACUCGAAGUUAUCAAAGAAGAGCCAGACAGCGACCGAGAGGCCAUCGACGACGUUGAAGAUGACGACUCCGACGACUCGCAAGACGGCAGCGACGGCAGCGACGGCGAGCAGCAGCACACCAAUGUGCUCGACAUGUUCCAAGAGGACGACAAUGAUGCCAACUUCAUCGACGAUGACCCCGACGCCCUCAUAGGCGCCCCUGACGGCGACGAACCAGAGCCUGAGCUCCCCCUCGAAUUCUCUUCUCUUUCGCGCGCCAAGCCCAAGGAACUCUUCAAGUAUGCGGUUGAAUGGAUGGUUAUGAAGAAAAUUCACCCUGCCUUCGACUCUAAAAACGGUAUCUACAACUUAACCUUCCGCAAGCUCGACGAUGAAGUGAACGGACUCGCGAACUCGAAGUUUACUUCCUCAGCAUGGACAAGCGACUUCUCUCGCGCCAUCCGCGCAAGGCCAGACCUCAUGGUAAUGGAGAUUAGUAGGGGGUUGAGGGAUAUUGGUGAUUCGCACUGUGAGGCGUGCAAUCGGCGAAACCACCCAGCGACGUGGGAAUUGAUGAUGCAGGGCAUGCCGUACGACAAAGACACGUUAGAACCGGUUGAGAAUGAUUCUGACUCGGAUGACUCCUCGUCUGAGAUCUCCGCCUCCGACGCAGGUGAUGGAGAGAAACCGGUAUACGACAUCACAGGCCAGCGUCUUCCUUCGGAAUCUCACCGCUUCACCCUCGGCUCGACAUGCAAAGCCAACGCACAGGUCGCGCAUACGCUGCACCACUGGCGCUACCACCUCUAUUCCUGGGUGAAAGACUACCUUGCUCGCGAAGGCCAUGUCACCGCGGAGAUGCUGGUCAAGAGGGAGAAGUGGAGUGAUCGCAAGAGGAAUAAGGCAGCGCAUAAGAUUGUGGAUGCGAUGGAGAGCGGGGGCGAAAUCAGGAAGCUGUAUCUCCUGUAUAGGGACCAGGUCAAGUUCGCAGUUGAGGCCGUUAAUGAUUACCAGAAGGGAUGGGGCAGGCGAUAG